AUGUCGGCCAUAUACAAAGCAUUGCAAUCAAAGUCUUCAAAAGACACUCUGGAGAAAACCAAACACAUUAACAGACAACGUCUUCUUGUGAUAUCGUCUCGUGGAAUUACCUAUAGACAUCGUCAUCUUAUCCUGGACUUGCUUAAUCUUCUCCCACACGCUAGAAAAGAACCCAAAUUUGACACCAAGAAGAAUUUGUACCAAUUAAACGAGGUUGCCGAGUUGUACAAUUGUAAUAACAUCUUUUUCUUUGAAUGCAGAAAACACCAAGAUUUAUACCUUUGGAUUUCUAAACCUCCAAAUGGACCAACUUGUAAGUUCCACAUCCAAAACUUGCACACAUUAGACGAGUUGAACUUUAUCGGAAACUGUCUUAAAGGUUCAAGACCGAUCUUGAGUUUUGAUAAACUGUUUGAACAGAAUGAUCAUUUCAAAUUGUUGAAGGAAUUAUUCACACAAUCCUUUGGUGUUCCGCCAAAUGCUAGAAAAUCAAAACCAUUUAUUGACCAUGUAAUGAGUUUCUCGAUUGUGGAUGGCAAAAUUUGGAUUAGAAACUAUCAAAUCAGCGAAACAAUGGACGUGAAAGAAGAUGAAAGCGGCGAAGCUAAAGAUAUUGAUAUUGAUGAAGGUUUGAGCUUGGUGGAAAUCGGACCAAGAAUGGUUUUGACAUUGAUCACCAUUUUGGAAGGCUCUUUUGGCGGACCAAAGAUUUACGAAAACAAGGAAUAUGUCUCACCUAACUUUGUUAGAUCCCAAGUUAAACAAAAGGCUGCAGAACAAGCAAGAAGCAGAGCAGAAGCUGCUAUGGAAAGAAAGAUUAAAAAGAGAAGCCAGGUCUUGAAACAGGAUCCUUUAUCUAACGAUGCAUUAUUCAAAAGUUGA